GCGACGGCUCGCAGCUUUACUUACACUUUAGACAUCCACAAGUCAACCGACACAGCAAAGUGCCAAUAAUUGCUGACAGACAGCUGCUACACACACUCAGGGAUGGAGGCGAUCACUAAGGGCGUCGCGAAGCUCGGCGCUGCUGUGGGCCUGGGCACUGGCGAUGACGACACACGCACACAGAUCGACACAGGCGGCAACCUGCAAGACUUCAUGGGACACCCCUUUGAGAAGAACACACAGCGCUCCGGCGGCAACCUGGGCGGCAAGGUGAUUCGCACCAGCGGCGGCGUGACGGUCACCAGCAACAAGGACCCGGAGAAGCGCAUGCGGGCGGUCACCUGGCAUGGCCCCAAGAAGAUUGUGAUGGAGGAGCGCCCGCGCCCGAUGAUCACCGACCCGACGGACGCCGUGCUGCGGGUGACCAGCAGCGCCAUCUGCGGCUCCGACCUGCACCUGUACCUGGGGUCCGCGCCCGGCAUGCAGCGCGGCGACGUGUUGGGGCACGAGUUCAUGGGCUUCGUGGAGGAGGUCGGCCCCGAGGUGAAGCACGUGAAGAAGGGCGACCGCGUGGUGGCGUGUUUCGACAUUGCGUGCGGGCACUGCCGCUCCUGCAGCCGCGGCGCCUUCAGCGGCUGCGACAUCACCAACCCCUCCAAGGACCAGGAGAUGAUGUACGGCGCGCGGACUGCUGGCAUGUUCGGCUAUGCGCACGUGACGGGCGGCUAUGAGGGAGGGCAGACCGACUACGUGCGUGUGCCGUUCGCGGACGUCAAUCUGCUGCACGUUCCCAAAGACCUCCCCGACAACAAGCUGCUGCUGCUGUCCGACAUCAUGAGUACGGCGUGGUUCGCCAACGAGCUGGGCUCCGUGGGGCCAGACACCACCGUGGCCAUCUGGGGGGCGGGGCCGGGCGGCAUCCUGGCGGCUCACAGCGCCCAGGUCCGCGGAGCGCCCCGCAUCAUCCUCAUCGACAACCAGCAGUACCGGCUGGACCACGCGGCGGCGCGCAUCCCCGGCCUCGACACCAUCAACUUCGGCCGGGAGAAGGUGAAGGAGGCUCUGGAGCGGCUGGUGCCGGGCGGCCCGGACGUGUGCAUCGAGGCGGUGGGCUUCCACUACUGCAAGAGCCUGGUGCACGCGGUCAUGGUCAAGACGCUGAUGGAGACCGACACAGCCGACAUCCUGAACGAGCUCAUCUACUGCUGCCGCAAGGGCGGCACCAUCGCCUGCAUCGGCGUCUACGUGGGCCUGGUCAACGGGUUCAACAUCGGCGCCCUCAUGGAGAAGGGUCUCACGCUCAAGGCCGGACAGACGCCCGUGCAGAAGUACUGGGGGCAUCUGCUGGAAAUGGUCAAGAGCGGUAAACUGGACCCAACCAUGAUCAUCACGCACGAGCUGCCGAUUGAGGACGCGCCGCACGCCUACAAGAUCUUCAAUGACAAGACGGAUGGGUGCAUCAAGGUCGUUCUCAAGACCGGCAUGGGCGCACCGGAGCAGCAGCAGCAACACAAGGAGCGGGAGCAGGAGCGCAUGCGGUGGCUGCGCGCCGCGCUGGUGUACCGCAUGGGCCAGAAGCAGUUGGCGCGCGCGUGGCUGGUGCGCGCCAAGGCCGAGCUGACGAACCUGCUGGCGCUCAUGCGCGACAUGGAGACGCGCCGCAGCUCGCUGGAGCGCGCUAAGAAGUGAAAAAUGUGUGUGCCGCGGGCUCCAGUUGCGGUUGAUGAGUGGUGUUGUAUGUCGUUAUGGCCGCUUCCCGUCCAGGGGCGUGCCAUGUAACAAAAUGUUUCAGCCAACUAGCCAAGGCCUGCAUUUCGCGCUAGUACGCUGCUACGGAGGGGUGCUCUUGUGAGGCGUGAGGCUCCCGUGGCGUGGACGGGCCGACCCGGUCCCGGCCAAUGAGCGCUUGUACCCUCAUUACGGUAGUC